AUGGAAUCAAGUUUCAUAAACCUAAAACUCAUUUCAUGCAAAGACAUUCACGCCUUCAACUUCUUCCAAAAACUAACGCUCUACGCGCAAGCCUCAAUCUCCUCCAACAACCCCAGAAUCCAACUCAACGAACGAAACACACAGCAACAACGAACACAAACACACAGAGACAUCGAAGAAGACGGAACCAACCCCGAAUGGAACUGUGAUAUGCGUUUCGAUUUAGCUUUUCUUUCCUCGCAUUCAGAUCCCGCCGAGUUUUUCCUAUGUUUCGAGUUUCGUCACGACGGCGUCAUCCUCGGCGACAAAUUCAUCGGGGAGAGCCGCGUUCCGAUAACGGAUCUGAUCAACGACGUCGACGGUAUCACGCGGUUCGUUAGCUACGAGAUUCGUUCCGCCGAGGGGAAGCCGAACGGGAUCUUCAAUUUUUCGUAUAAGACGGAGGGUGUUCAGAUCCAAUCGUUGCAGAUUCUUGAUGGGAGAAUAUCUGGUUAUCCUGUUCUGACUCCGGAGGAUUGUGCUCCUGCUCCGGUGAUAUAUCCGAUAUCAGAAAUCGAGAGACCGUGUUGUUAUUCUACUGGGUGUUCUGUUCAGGAGAGACCGUUUCCGCCUACGGCGCCGCCUCCUGUUUCAUAUUCGUAUGGCGGAGGAUAUGAUUAUUGUUAUCCGCCGCCGCCGCCUUCGAUGUAUCAGUAUCCUUCUCCGACUCCGCCGAGGGAGCGGAUGUACCCACCUAUUGGGCCUGAGGCUAGUCAUUGGCAGCCCGGCCCGUAUUUUGAAAACCGGUGGUGA